AUGGAGGCGGUGGAAGACACCAAUCUGGAGGCAGCGAUCGGGUGGCUUACAGAUACCAUCCUUGCAAAUCUCCCAGCCGGCGGCAAGCUGGAGUCAUGGAUUCGCCAAGCUGGCCUCGGCAACAACAUCGGGAAGCUCAAGUCUGAGGUGGAAGCGGUGGAGAUGGUGGUCUCUGCUGUGCAGGGGAGGGCGGCCGGAAACAAGCCGCUGACCAAAUCCCUCGCUCGGGUCAAGGAGCUGCUAUACGACGCCGACGAUGUAGUCGAUGAGCUCGAUUGCUACAGGCUCCAGCAGGAGCUCCAACCAGAGACACUGCUGGAAACGGAUGGUCAUGGGAUGCGGCAAACUGUUGAGAGAUGUAGAGAAAAUGCCGAUGAUGUACAGAGUAGCAGUAAUGGCAGGUUACGCUCCAAGGAAUGGAUUCAUUUUGAAAUCACAGAGUUUGAACAAAACGGAGGCCCUGCCAAAGCAAGAUGUAAGCACUGUGAAAAAGUGGUCAUGUGCACAACCAAAAUGGGGACAUCAGUUUUGCGCAAUCAUCUCAAUAGCAAAGCUGGUAGCCACAAACGUGGAGCCUGA